AUGAUGCAUUUUCAGUAUCUCCUCGUUGAUUUUGGUCUUUCCCACUUUGUGUCAUCGAGUCAGAAACGUAAAACAUCGGAAAAUUCGCCAUCGUUGAAAGAAAAUCUUGUGAAUAGCAGUCCCAUUGCUCCUCCACCGCCGAAACGCAGUAAACGAUUGAGUGACGAUGUUCUGACGCCAAAUAGGCCCACAUUGAUCAAACAUCCUAAAUGUGGAUGCACUACCUUUGCUGCGGUUUGUGAUAUAUGCAGAGAGUUACCCGUGCGGCAUAUGAAUAAGGCUGGAACUCCUGGCUACCGUGCGCCAGAAGUUUUGUUAAGAUUUGAAGAGCAAACCACUGCAAUAGAUGUUUUCGCUGCUGGUGUGACGAUGUUGUCUUUUCUGUUGAAGAAGUUAGUCUGCAAAGCAGCAGCCGAAGGUGGAGUAACAUUUCUUUGUGAACCACCGUUGCCUGGUAUGGAUAUGGUAAAACUAGUUAAUAACUUCCCUAAGGAUAUUCGAGAAGCGGAGGGUUGUAAACCAGGCUGUCGUUCGUGCAUGGCACUAAUAUAUCAAAACAACUCCGGAUUCUGCUUUUGUAAACGCUCGGAGUCUGAGUCUAUCAGCAAACUUACUGGAAAUGAGCGAGUUGCAUUCGAAGUGCUCACGCAUUGCCUGGAUCCUAGUCCUACGCGCAGAUAUACUGCACGAAUGCUUGCCGAUCUGAUAGAUGAACCAACAAAAAACCUGAUUCUUAGUGGCUAA